AUGUCGGAGGAAAGAGUAGAAGAAGUCAAUAGCAACUUAUGCAUAGUUGAUGCCACAAAAGUAGAUGAGAAACAUGGUGAUCGGAUGCGGUUUUAUGCCUUUUUAGUAUUUGCCACGUUGCAGGUCUUUUUAAACUACGACAUUGGGGCUAUGGCUAUCAUGUUAAACUGGAUUGAAGAACCUUAUGACUUUAAUAAAACUGAGCUCGGUGCACUUGGAGCUCUUCCUUAUCUAGGAUUGGUCCUGUUGUCUCCAUUCGUUGGAACAAUAUUUGCGUAUUUUAAGACGCAGCUUGUCAUUGCAAUAGGAUUGAUAGUAAAUGUUAUCGCUCUCAUGCUAUUCGCAACAGCAAAUUCAAAGAUUAUAUUUUUUAUUUCCAGAAUUCUAAUUGGAACAUCCCAAUCAUUUUUCAUAAUUUAUGCACCGGUAUGGAUAGACACAUUCGCUCCCGAACUUAGUAAGAAUUUGUGGAUGGCAAUUUUACAGGGAUCCAUUAUUUUGGGUGUUACUAUUGGCUACACAGCUACGUCAUUCUUUGGAUUUACCGAUGACUGGUCGUGGAGAUACAGUAUAUCUACACAAGCUGGAAUUGUUCUUAUAUUGACAUACCUAUUUUCGAUUCUACCUGGAAAAUUUGUAAACUUUGAUCCGAACAUAAAUUCGGAUUCCAAUGAUGUUGUAACAUUCACGGAUCCACAAAGCCUCAAGGAUCUACACUGUCCACAAAAGGCUCACUCUUCUGAUGUGGUGUUCAAGAGUCACAGCUUUGACUGUGAAGUGAAUCAAUCGCCUUCAUUGGGACCAUGUUCAAAUAAAAACAUUCCCAAAGUCCAAAGUAGUAGGGAAAUAUCUGCCCUUUCUGCUGUUAGCAAAAAUGCAUCAUACUACGAGUGGAGGCGUAGAAGCAAUAGUUUUUAUACCACUAUUAAGGUGCCUACGCAUGUAGAUGUUGAUAUUUUGGAUUCAACGCUUAAAAGGAUAGCUUAUAUCUUGAAAAAUCAGGUAUUCAUAUACUCAUGUAUCACGAUGUCCUCUCUAUUCUUUGAGGUCACUGCAAUUCAAUACUGGAUGACUAAAAUUGCAAUUUCGAGAUUUGAUAUGGCUGAAAGGGUUGUGCAUUAUAUUUUUUCUGUUAUUUCAAUUACAGCCCCUGUGUUGGGUGUGAUAUUUGGCUCAUAUGUCAUUGACUUUUUGACUGCACAUUUUCCAACUCGCCCUAUUCUUGUCAAUCAAAUGCUACUUCUUUGGGCUAUAAUAUGUCUAGUGAGUGGUAUAGCUACACUGAUAUUCCCAUGUCCUGGGGUGUUGAUUGCUUCUGUCUCACUUAUCCUCUUCUUUGGAGGAUGUAUUCUACCUUCUGUCACCCUUAUUUCGAUCAACUGCAUUCCAAAUUACUUAAAACCAACCGCUUCUGGCUUUUGUAUGUGCCAAUAUCACAUCUUCGGAUACAUUGGAGGGACAAUAUUACCAGGAAUUGCAAUGCACAUCUCCUGUGGCUAUGAUGUUGCGCUAUAUAUCACGUUCUUAGCGGCAUCUAUCGGUGUCAUGUCACUGUUUGCGAUUUAUAUUUAUAAUCUCGUAAAAAGUCGCAAAAUUGCGAACGAUGAAUAA